CUGAACUCAUGCUGUUGUGACUGCGAAUCCGCCUCUCUCGGAUAGCACCGGUCUGGAUGCAUUAUCCGGCCGUAUCUUAGAUUGUCUUGUCUCAGGUCGCCACACCGCUGAUUUUAUGGUUGGGUGCUGAAUGGCCUUCGCCUACCGUUAUGAAUCGUUGAAACCAAGGUGGAUCAAUUACCGUGAAUACCCUCUUAUCCGGUGUCGCAGUGGCCCGGCCAACGAGCUCACCCAUCCCAUUGCGGUCUACUUCCGCGCUCGUUUCGUUAGACUUCCUGGGCUAGCGUAUUGGCACGUUUUUUUAUGACAUGAUCGAAUCAUCGCGCUAGUCCCGACUUGCUUCAUCGCUCAACAAGGAGACACUACGAAGGCCACGACGGCAAAAACACCAAAUCGAGUCAUCGCUCAAAACAACCGCUUCACCGUAUCCUUUCCACCCUCCCCCACGUACGCGUUUUCUGCUCGGGGAACCCCGGCUUGAGGUCAUGUCUCCUGGGCCAGAUAAAGCAGGCGCAGUUGAGCCCACAACAGGGUCUUCGCAAGUGCGGUGGCAGUUCAUCAAUGCCUCUGGUAACAGUCGAAAUAACCUGACCCAAGUCAAACGCCAUGUCAUGCAAGAGUAUAUGCGACAAAAGCGCCAGGCUGCUGGCCAGUCAGACAUGGACGCAGAUGACGCUAUAGUGGAAGGUCGCAAACCACCAAGGUCACGUCGCAAACCCAAGGACAGCAGUCAUCUCGAUGACCCCAACGACCAAAGACCGAAGUUAGAGGCCAGCGAAAAUGACGAAGAGCCUGCGACCAACUCUGUAUAUCAGCAUGGUCCCGAACCAAUCUCGAAUAUAUCAGUCAGCGAACACAACGUGGUCGAGGUCGUAGAAAGCCUUAGUGCAGAAAACGUCGCUUACCCAUACUCUGAAACGCUUGUCUCAUUACCAAUGCGGAAUAGUCAGAUGUCCAGCCACAGCAGUUCCUCGUCAGAUUCCUGCAUAUGGUACUCGACGAUGUCGCAAAGCAGUGACUCAGACUUAGGAAGCUUGACACCACGCUCUUCCGCCCCAACAUCUCCAUGCGAGGUUGCGCUGUCUCCCAAGACGAUACUCAGCGCCGCCCGUACAGAUCCUUUCAACACGUUACCACUAGAACUGGACUUGGAUGGCCAGCACUUAUUUGAUUUUUACGUCAAUGAAAUGCCCGCCUGCUCGUAUGGAAAUCACUUUCGGUCUGCCAAAGCCCACAACUGGUACACGGCAGUAUUCGUUCCUGAAGGGAUGAAAGGUCCCGUGGCGUUUCAAAACACCAUUCUUGUUCAUGCAGCCAACACCUGGACUUGGGUCCGAAAUCAGGAGGUGGAUGAAAGGGGUCUGAUUCAUCGUGAUCGGGCCCUUUCCAUGCUUCGACGGCACCGCGAGAGACACCCUCAUGACUUUUCCGAUGAAGUAAUCAUAGCAUGUCUCAGCGCUGCGGGACUCGAAGAUUUUGAUCCGCGGCCGGGUCGCAAACAGAUCAGUUGGCUUCAUAUGCGAGCUGCAAGAGAGAUGAUUCGGGCCAGGGGUGGUCCCGCUGCAUUUCAUAAUACUCGAUUGGGGAUGCUGAUCAAUUGGCAAGAUUACAUCCUCUCAGGCUAUGAAACCGACGGACCUAGCUUCUUCUUCGAAGCCGAGCCGCAGAUGAAACACUCUUCGCAAGGGCGUGCCUCCGAGCUGCGAUCAGCCGCAAUGCCACAGUCCAUGAUGGCUUCGUACCCGAUUCCAGUAGAGCUAAGUCUCACCUGGCCUCGACCUCUGCUCCCAUACGAAGAAAUCGAAAAUCAGUGCGAAGAGUUCAUAAGCUUUCUCAAACGGUGUGAACAACUUUCGGUCUAUCAAGCGACUACCUUCGACACCAAUACAUUGCACAUGCGUCAUACCGCUUUUCAGGAGAACUCGCUCCUGCAUCAGAUCCUUGCAGCGCCGCCGGGUGUCCGCUUCACUGCGUCUGGCAAUCGGAAACAGUUCGUUGCGCGACUGGUCGCUAUGCUCAUGCUCAAUGCAGCUCUCUGGGACUACCGAAACUCUCCGCCACACAGCGAGACAUUCCUUCGGACGCUGCAACAAGCGGUGCUAGACAGCGAAGUGAACAUGAGUGGCUCCGUCGAAGCACUGCUGCAGAUUCUGCUUGAAUGCAAAGACGGCUAUGUCGAUGUGAUCAGCGAUGCUUCCAGCCAAGAGCCAGAUUUCAAGCAGUAUUCCUCAACCGCAAGAACACAAUACGACCGGCCAUGGUUCGCUGGUCGGAUGCUCAAGAUCGCCAAGCGCCUUAGUUCUGAGUCUUGGAUGCACGUCAACUACUUCCUCUUCUGUUGUCUUACGAUGCAACCCGGGAUGCCAGGUGUUGCUCUGUGGGAAGAUAACAUUCGACAAGAGAUUCUGCACGCGCCGCUCACCAAGUAUAUCAUGCCGGCUUUGGAAGAUCUGUGAUACCCGCUACGAUGACACAAUCCCUCUCUCCCUUCGCUCCCUUCAUAUCUCAAAUGUCUUCAACCCACUGGUUAGACUUCGUCUAUCCCCUUGCCCUCUCGAAUGAAGUCCCCUUCUCCACCUAUGCACUUUCUUUCCCUUUUGAUACGUCUGAUCGAGAUAGAUACGAUGUCUGUUUCAUUUAUCUGCAACAACAUCCUACCUUUUCUGAUGCAUAACCUCUACAUAUAUAUAUUUGUCCAUCCUUCCGCUCCUUUCUUGUCAGAUGCGUGUUAUACCCCAGCUUGUACGAACAAACUCCGAAGCCAUCGAUGUUUUCUUUUUUUUGGUGCCUCCCAUACUUGACUAAUAUAUAAACGAAAUAUACGCUGC